CCUCGUUUAUUGCAGACCUGAAUCAGGACUCGGCUCUGUUUCUUUUGUUUACUUCGACUUUCUCCUCCUCUUCUACUUCUUCUACUUUCUACUUCUUCUACUUCUACCUCCUCUACUUCUUCUAGUCCUCUCAUACACCCUCUCUUGACCCCCUCUCCUCUCCAUCUACGCGUCUCCCACGCGUCGCGUCUGCCCCUGUCCUCUUCACCCCCCCUCAACUCACCACCAUGCGUUUCACCCUCCUCUCCGCAGCAACCGCCCUCGCCGCCCUCUCCUCCACCGCCCUCGCAGCCAACACAAUCGGCACCGACUCCUUCUACACCUGCAACGACGGCAACAACGCGACCAUCUCCGUCAGCACCUUCUCCGUCUCCUACUCGAAAACCACCCAAAACGUCACCUUCGAUCUCGCUGGUUCAUCAACAGAGGCACAGAAUGUUUCGGCAACUAUCUACAUCUCGGCCUACGGCAUCGACGUCUUCUCCUACUCCUUCGACUUCUGCGACGAAGGCAUCGAAGAACUCUGCCCCGUUCCCGAAGGCUCCUUCUCUGCCAGCGGCGAAGUUAACAUCCCCACAAAAUACGCCAGCCAAAUCCCCUCCAUAGCCUUCUCGAUCCCAGACCUGGACGGCGAGGCAAAGCUCGAGCUCAACAACACCGACACCGGCGACUCUUCCGCCUGCUUCCAGUCCUCAAUCUCAAACGGCAAGACCGCAAAGAUCGAAGCUGUGACCUAUGCCUCGGCCGCUAUUGCCGCUGGCGCCCUCGUCGUCUCUGGCAUCUCAUCCCUGGCCUCGGCCGCUGGCUCUACCGCCUCCGCCGUCGGCUUCGCAGACAUCAUGAGCUGGACGCAGUUCAUGGCCACCUCCGGCAUGAUGUCUGUCACCUACCCUGCCGUCUACAGCUCGUUCAGUCAGAACUUUGGUUGGUCCUCUGCUCUGAUUUCGUGGAAGGGCAUGCAGACCACGAUCGACUCCAUGCGAAGCAAAACCGGUGGCAACACCACAUACAGCUCAUGGGACACAACCCAAUCGACGACUGUGCUCAACUACAAGUCCGGAGCGCUCAUCCUGCUCAACGACUCCUCAACCAGCAGUGACGACGACGAAACGUCCUCCGCUUUGCGCCUCGUUCGAAGACUCACUGUCGACGGCAUCGAUCUCAACAGCUCAAACUCAACCACGUCUGACGAUGGCUCCGUGACCGUCCUGGCCAAGGUCGCCGGUAUCGCCAGAUUCGUAGAGAAUCUCAUGCUGCCGAACGCGAACGCGUUCAUGACCGUCUUGCUCUUCUUUGCCAUGAUCAUGGCUGCUAUUAUCGUCGCGAUCCUGGCCUUCAGAAUCAUCAUCGAGAUCGUGGCGUACUCCAGAGACCUGCCAAAGGCACUCGAAAACUUCAGGCACCGCUACUGGACCGUUUUGGCAACCACGCUGAUCCGCGUCAUCAUGAUUCUUUACGGCACAUGGGUGCUGUUUUGCCUAUACCAGUUCAAGCUCGGAGACUCGUGGGCGAGUCUUGUGCUUGCCGGUGUCACCCUCGGUCUGUUCUCCGUCAUCCUGCUCGGGUUCACGAUCCGCAUCUUUGUGCUUGCGCGACGAGCCUCGAAGAGUGACGAAGGUCUCGACGAGCUUUACGACCACAAGCCAUGGAUUCGCCGCUACGGUCUUUUCUAUGGCCAGUUCAAGACAAAGUACUGGUGGUUCUUCAUACCCGUCAUUGGCGUCGCCGUCGGACGUAGCGCGUUCAUCGCGCUCGCAGACGGACACGGCAUGGUGCAGGUUAUCGGACAGCUUGUGCUCGAGGUGCUCUUUGUGUUUGCGCUGCUCAUUCUCCGGCCGUUCAACCGACGAAGCGGGAACGUGAUCAACGUGUUUAUCUCUGUCGUGCGAACCGUGUCGCUGAUCUGCGUCCUGGUUUUUGUCGAGGAACUCGGUGUCGCGGCCGAAACCACGACGAUCGUCGGCGUCGUGCUGAUUAUCGUGCAAGCCGUGCUCACGCUCCUGCUCGUGCUUCUCCUCGUCAUCCAGGCCAUCCUAGGUCUCUGCACCCAGAACAAGCGCGACCAAAAGCGCGGCGUGAGCGACGACGACUCCGACCUAGUCCCGCUCGACGAUCUCAAGGCCGACAUCGCAAAGACCGGCUUCGACCAAUCGCUCUACAGCUUCGACCAAAAGUCCACCAGCGGGCUCGAGGCAAUCGGCCUCGCCGUCAGCGAGUACGAUCCGCUCUAUCCUUCCAAUGGCGGCGGCCUCAAGCACUCGGCCACUGAUGCCUCGCUGCCGCGGCACAAUCCCUGGGACGAAGACCGCCUGCAGCCAGAGGUCGUCCCGCUCACUAAGCGCUCUGGAUCAGUUAGCAGUAGCACAAGUGAGCGGACGACGGAUGAAGCUGGCUAUUCUUCGUGGGCUAAGGGCGGUCUGGAGCGCGAUAGCAACGGUCGUCCAAUGUUUUGAUGUACGAAACGUACAGCAAAAAAAAGUCCAAACAUCUUGAAAAAUAGACUUAUGAACUUGCCUAAUUUCUAACGACAUUUAUUGUUUUAUUUCUUUUUCGUUCUCACUCUCCUUUCUCCUCCACACUCAUUUUUUUAUGUUUGUUUGUUGCUACGGUCCGGUAUCUCUCUUCUCAUUUAUUUCUUACCAUUUGUUUGCAUUCCUUUCGAUUAUAUGAACUCAUUCCUUACGAUCUCAUUUGAUCCUCCUUGACGAUUUUCUUCUACAUACGGUGUUUUGUGCGUGCGUGCGUGCUGUUUAAUGUCUUUAUUUGGUC